UGUCAACAUACAGCAACCAGCCACUCUGCCCGUCUGUUGCGGCAACAUUUUUCUAUUAAACUUAGUCCAUUUAUCCCUUCAACGACGUUUUCCUUCAGAUAACAGCUACUCUCGUCUCACAAUGACUCGAAGGUGAUCGUCAGAGUGUCCAGGUGGUUCUGGGGUUCCAGGUUGGUGUGGUGAGAGAGCAAGCUAAUUGCGGGGAGGAGGACCGCCUGGGGCAACUUGUCCCUGGCUCUCAAGUGUCUAAGGGAGGGGAUUGGCAAACUGUUCUGCAGCAUGGAGAAGGAAGACCUGAAAGUCCUCAACAAAGGGGAAGAGGAGGAGAUGGAGCUGCAGGGCUACCGUCUGUGUCGUUGGCGUCUGGCCCUAGUGGGCCUCGGGGUGCUGUGUACAGGGGGCUUCCUCCUCCUGCUGCUCUACUGGAUGCCAGAGUGGUGCGUCAAAUCCACCUGCACUCGUACCACAGCCCGUGAUGCCGAAGUGGUAUUGCUGCGCUCCACGGAUGAGUUCCGGCGCUGGUUCCUGGCCAGGGUGCGAGUGAUGCUGGCCCCGGGGAGCAACCCCUUCCACAGCCUGGACACCCAGACCACCUCCCCCCCCUCCUCCUCCUCCCCACCUCCCUCCUGCCCUUUCUCCUCCCCUGCCUCCCCCCCUCUGGCCAACGGACAUACCCCCCACCCCUCCGAUGGCAGCCCCGCUCAGGAGCUCAUCAGAAGAUUUGCCGACUACCAGCCCACACAGAUUCGUUAUUUUACCUUCCAUAGCACAAAGUAUUAUUGGAACGACGAGUUGCAGAACUUUGAAGUUUUAACCGGCGUGGAGGAUCUGCGGGUCAGCUGCUCCGCCCUCCACACGGAGCACAGUGCAGGCCUGACCAGGAACCAGCAGGAGUACAGGAGACUGUUCUUCGGAGUGAAUGAAAUUGCAGUGAAAGUGCCUUCUGUUUUCAAGCUGCUUAUCAAAGAGGUCCUCAACCCUUUCUACAUCUUCCAGCUCUUCAGUGUGAUCCUGUGGAGUGCCGAUGAGUAUUACUACUAUGCUGUGGCCAUUGUUUUCAUGUCGGUCAUAUCCAUAGCUACCUCUCUGUACACCAUCAAAAAGCAAUACGUCAUGCUUCACGAUAUGGUGGCAGCUCACAGUAUUGUCCGUGUGUCUGUAUGCCGAGCCAACAAUGAAAUCGAAGAGAUUUUGUCUACUGAUCUGGUGCCCGGUGAUGUGAUGGUCAUCCCCAGCAAUGGGACCAUCAUGCCAUGUGACGCCGUGCUGGUCAGCGGCACCUGCAUCGUCAAUGAAAGCAUGCUCACAGGUGAGAGCGUUCCCGUUACAAAGACCAACCUCCCAAACCCAGUGCCAGGGGAGCGAGAGGAGGAGACUGACAGUGCCUACAACACAGAGGAGCAUAAAAGACACACACUCUUCUGUGGCACCCACGUCAUCCAAACCCGCUUCUACUCCGGCGAGCUGGUCAAGGCUGUGGUGGUACGCACAGGUUUCAGCACAGCCAAAGGCCAGCUGGUGCGCUCCAUCCUUUACCCAAAACCCACCGACUUCAAGCUGUACCGCGAUGCCUACCUCUUCCUGUUGUGUCUGGUGGCUGUGGCUGGAAUUGGCUUUGUCUACUCCAUUGUCCUCAGCAUCAUCAACAAGGUGCCAGCUAAGACCAUCAUUAUUGAGUCCCUGGACAUCAUCACCAUCACUGUGCCACCAGCGUUGCCAGCCGCCAUGACAGCCGGCAUUGUGUACGCCCAGCGACGCCUCAAACACAUUGGCAUUUUCUGCAUAAGCCCACAGAGGAUCAAUAUCUGUGGACAAAUAAAUCUGGUCUGCUUUGACAAGACUGGCACUCUGACAGAAGAUGGAUUAGACCUAUGGGGAGUGCAGAGGGUUGAGAAUGGCAGUUUCCACCUGUCAGAGGAAAAUGCCUACAAGGAAAAUCUUGUCAAGUCCCAGUUUGUGGCUUGUAUGGCCACCUGCCACUCUCUGACCAAAAUAGAGGGCCAGCUGUCCGGAGACCCACUGGACCUCAAAAUGUUUGAGGCUACAGGCUGGAUCCUGGAGGAGGCCACUGAGGAAGAAACAUCUCUUCACAACCGUAUCAUGCCCACUGUGGUUCGACCCCCAAAACAGCUGUUGCCCCCAGAGCCUGCAGCUUCACCAGAGCAGGACAUGGAACUUUAUGAGCUCUCGUCAGCGUAUGAGAUAGGUAUCGUGCGCCAGUUUCCUUUUUCCUCAGCGCUCCAGAGGAUGAGUGUGGUGGCUCGUCGGCUGGGGGAGAAACGUAUGGAUGCUUACAUGAAGGGGGCGCCAGAGGUGGUGGCCAGUCUCUGCAAGAAAGAGACAGUGCCGGAAAGCUUCGCUGAGGUUUUAGAGGGCUACACCAAACAGGGUUUCAGGGUCAUAGCUCUAGCUCAUCGUCGACUUGAAUCCAAACUCACCUGGCACAAAGUCCAGAACGUUAACAGGGAACACAUAGAGGCAAACAUGGAGUUCCUGGGUCUAAUCAUCAUGCAGAACAAGCUGAAGGCAGAAACCCCAGCUGUGUUGCAGGACCUCCACAGAGCACACAUCCGUACUGUUAUGGUUACUGGUGACAACAUGCUGACAGCCAUCUCUGUGGCCCGGGACUGUGGAAUGAUCCCGCCCCAAGACACAGUCAUCAUUGCUGAUGCCCUCCCUCCCCAUAAUGGACAAGCCGCCAAAAUCACCUGGAGAUACGCUGACAAGCCGAGCAAGACAUCUCGCCUGGAGGAAGUGAGCAUCAGUCUGGAGGAUGUGUGUCAUGUAGAUGAGCACAAAACACAAGAACUGUACCACUUUGCUAUGAAUGGAAAAUCGUUUGCUGUCAUCGAGGAGCAUUUCCCUGACAUGCUUCAAAAGUUGGUGCUGCAUGGGACAGUGUUUGCCAGAAUGGCCCCAGACCAGAAAACUCAGCUCAUUGAGGCAUUGCAGGGCGUAGACUACUUUGUGGGGAUGUGCGGAGACGGAGCAAACGACUGUGGGGCUCUCAAGAGGGCUCAUGGAGGCAUCUCUUUGUCGGAGCUCGAGGCCUCGGUAGCCUCUCCCUUCACCUCCAGGACCCCCAACAUCUCCUGUGUCCCCAGUCUCAUCAGGGAGGGGCGUGCUGCUCUCAUUACUUCCUUCUGUGUGUUCAAGUUCAUGGCCCUCUACAGCAUCAUCCAGUACAUCAGUGUCACUCUCCUCUACUCUAUCCUCAGUAACCUCGGAGACUUCCAGUUCCUCUUCAUUGACAUUGCCAUCAUCCUCCUUAUUGUCUUUACCAUGAGUCUGAACCCUGCGUGGAAAGAACUGGUGUCACGUCGUCCCCCAUCAGGUCUGAUCUCAGGGCCCCUGCUGUUCUCUGUGCUGACCCAGAUCCUCAUCUGCUUGGGCUUCCAGACCGUUACAUUCCUGUGGGUCCGACAGCAGCCCUGGUACACAGUUUGGACACCACUUACAGAUGUCUGCAACCGGUCAUCACACAUUAACGUGUCUGACCACAAUGACACAGAGGUGGACGAUCAUAACAUCCAAAACUUCGAGAAUACCAGCGUCUUCUAUGUCUCCUGCUUCCAGUAUCUCAUUGUUGCCAUAGUUUUCUCAAAGGGCAAACCUUUCAGGCAGCCUAGCCACAAGAAUUGGCCGUUUGUGCUGUCUGCCUUCAGUUUGUAUGUUUUCCUGCUGUUCAUCAUGUUCCACCCUGUCGAAAGCAUUGACAAGUUUCUGGAGAUUGUUUGUAUCCCAUUUGAGUGGAGGUUAAAACUCUUCCUCAUCAUCGUCAUUAAUGCGGCUGUGUCUGUUUUGGUGGAGACCUUCAUCCUUGACAUCGUCUUAUGGAAGCUUGUGUUCAGCCGAGACAAACAGGGCAACUUUGGCGUCACUCCUGCCGCCCCGACACCACAGGAGGGCAUUGACCGGCGGGUGUUCAAGUGUCUGUCCUGGCCGUGCUGCCCACGCAAGAUGACACCCAAGGCUCGAUACAUGCAUCUGGCCCAGGAGCUCAGCGUGGACCCUGACUGGCCUCCAAAGCCAGCCACCACCACUGAAGCCAAGCCCCGCCCAGAAAACGGUUCCACCUAUCAAUUCAUGAUCAACUCCUAGCACCCCACAGCUAAUGUACCCCUUUCAUACAGCAGACAUGCAUUUGACACGUGUUCAGUGAACACACAUUCAACCUAUUCAGGCAGAAGUGUCACAGGAUAACUGCUGUCACCAUUCAGAGACUUGCAUCUAACAUAAGUACCAAAUAAAGUUUCAGUUUUUCAGUACCAUCUCUCUGGCUCACCCGCUCGCGCGCUCUCAGGUAUCUCUUGCUUGUCUCUAAAUGUCAUUUAAACAUCAGUAACAUUAAAUGUAAUUCCCGUUCUGCUGAGCAGCAUUCAAACCCAGGCGUGGAGGAGGAUGGAUUAACUAGGUCGAAUUUGCAAGUUGACCUCUUCAAAUUGACUUCAGUUUGCCUGUAUGAAAGGGGUAGAAAAAGAGCCCAAGUCCCACUCCACUUCAGUGCUAGCUUCUGACAUACAUGUGCUGUCAGUAAUGUUUUUGAAAAUAAUUGCUUUUAUACCAUUGUUAAGAUAAAGGUCUUCAGAUUUCAUGAGCUACUACAGUACAGUAGUAAAGAGUAAAAUGGCCUACUUUCAUGUCUGAGCCUUUCAGAACUAUCACUGGAAAAGUACAGGAUAGCAUGAUGCAGAUGCUAGCCUAGAAGAAGGGUUGUGCUUUGGCCCUAGAAUAUUGCAACCCACUCUGACUGAAAGGACAGGUGAGAGCAUUGCUUGAUAAAGAGAGUCUGAAAGAGUUUGAAGAACAGGGUGGGAGAAAGAGCUUUCACUUUAAGAUGGAGAUAUGUAGGUUUAAAUGUGCGUGGCGUAAAGGACAGAUAGCAGUCGGUGGUUGUACUGAGCAACUGUGUAUGGUCUGAUCAUAGUUUUUAAAAUCAGCUGCAAAUCCACUCCAUGUUUGUAGUGUUGGGCAGCCACCACCUCACUUUUAGGACGUUCACACAGUGAGUCACUUGUUUCACAAGUCUAAUCUGUUGUGAGCGGUGCAGGCUCUGAUUGCUACUAUGUAGUGGUGUUAAACAGAUAAUGCACACAUAUAUAUAGAGAGAGAGAGAAAGAAAGAGAGAGAGAGAGGGUCAUUUUAAUGAGCUCGCAUCACUACAUGGCAAGCAUAGAAUCAUAACCAAAAGGAAAUGGUUUAAAGCUUACCACAGACCCCCAGGGAUGAAAGAAAUUGCUCUUUUGAGACCAGUAUUCAAAUCAAGCACACUGAGUUUUAAAGAUUGGGAAUCUUGAAAUGGCUGCAAUCAGCUUGCUCAAUUGCACACCCCAGGCAGAAAACACAGUACAUUAGAGAUCACAGAUUGAUGAUUGAAACCACAAAACUGUAUAUGUGGUUGCGUCUUUCUCAUAAUUUGGCCACAACAUUCAUGCACAUUCAAAACAUUAUGACAUGUAUAAAAGUAAAAGACCUUUAAGAGAACAGUGAAGCAGACAUGUGCUUGUCCUCUCACAACCACAGGCUGGGACCUGUGGCAGGAUCUCUGUUGUGUUUGUCAGAGUUUAAGUGUAGGGUUUUUUAAACAAAGAUGUUGUUGCGUAAAAGAAGACUAGCAAAAACAAAAAGUCUAAUUUCAUCUCAACUUUUUAGGCGUGCUAAUGCAGUGCAUUUGUUAGUAUUUUGGUCCUGAUGAAAAUAUGUUAACAUGACACCAACAACUCUUCAGUUCUUAACAGGAUACCUCUAAAACUAAUCUCUGAAAUCUCAUCAACUCCUGCCGUACUUGCAUAUUAAUGCUAGCACACUAAAUGUUAACAUGUCACACUCGCAUGAUAAGUGUUAACAUACCAUGCUAACAAGUAUGACAGGGAACAACAUGGCCUUUCCUCUGGCACUCCCCUCAGGCCAAACUUUUUGCCCCACUAGUGGUAAAGUUGCACCAACAGCAAUCUUGUCUCUGCUCUUCAUCAGUCAAAAAAUUUUGCUUGCUUAUGUGCAAUGAGCAUUACCCUCUCAUUGGCUGCCAGUGUGGCUCUAAACCUUUGGUCUUAUGUUUUUGCAUCUAUGAGCCAUGUCCUGUCAGCAUCUAAUGGCAUCAGACAGGAGACUGAAAGCAUAGCAAGACUUGCAUGAAGCCAGCUCCCUAUCGUCAUGUUCUGAUGGUUGCAAUACUAGAAAUAUUACUAUGAAUACAGCAUAAAUGUAGAAUUAAGAAACAUUUCCAUUCACAUCUCUGUGUUUUGAAAAAAAAAAAAACAACAAAAAAACAAUCUGCACAAGAAACAGCAUGAAUCUGGCUGGUUAUCGCGGACACUUAAUCACAUGCAUGAGACCAUAUAAAUCAAAGGGUUUUACAUUUACAAACUCAUGUCAGGGGUUGGCUCCAGAAAGCCAGUAGUACAACUUGUCUUUUUUUUUUUUUUUUUAAUAAACAAAAUUUCUUCCUAUGGAAGACUGAUGUAAUCGUAAAUCAAGGCAAGGCAUUGUGCAUCCCAUCAGCUCACUGUUCUUGGCACAUUCAGAACACCCAUGCAACAACAACACACUACAGAAGAUGGAUGCUGGUUACCAUAUACACUUGUAUUCAUGUCUUACACAUAGGCUACCUGCAUAGAGAGUUAAGGGCUAUAUUUAAUGUUCAAUGCUCUUUCUUUGACGUUUAGAGUGAUACUCCCCAGAGUCUGGUCUCACAGUGUCAGAUACUCACUCGCUCCCUGUGAACUUUGAAGGUGGCUAUAAACCUUUGUAGCUUCUUUCUUGAUAAAAACUUGACUGUUAAAUUCAGUCUGCCGAGAUCGAUUCAAAUAAUGGCAUACUAACAGAUGGAUGGCGGAGAAGCUAUUACACUGCACUAGUGUAAGCUGCCAUGAAAAUUGGUACCACUGGAAAAUAUUAUAACAGAUUUAUUUCAGCCUGGCCACAGUCGCUGUCAAGAGAAAACAGAAAUCUUAUUUACAGCCACCUUUAAAGCAACCUUAGCGUUUGAUGACCAAAAGGCAGAAUUAGUGUGGAGUGUCACUUUAAAGCAAAGACACCAACACACUGUCAGUAUAAGUGUACUCUGCAUAGCAGCCUUUAAUGAAUAGCGUGGUUCAAUAUUAAUGAUUUCAAGCAGUGUGUGUCUCAAAGUAUUUUCAGACUGCUGAUCAGCCGUUAGGAGACACCAUGUCAAAAGAAUGUCAAACUAAAUGUAAUGUUACGCAUCCAAAUGAAGCAAGUUAUAUCUGAGACAUCUGGUAACAGCACUGUGUUAUCUGACACGUUAUUGUGUAGAACACAUGACACCACUUGUAGCUUGUCCAUUGAUUAUUAAUAAUUUUGUUCACGUAGAAACAAAAUCACAACACAUUUUGUUAAUAUCUGAAGAGUCUGAAGAUGCUCAGUUCCUAAAAGCCAUUGUCUAUUGAGAUACUUGUAAUAAUAUUACAGAUGCAUAUGAAACUUGGGAUCCAUACUGUUUUUAUGACAAGCGCAAAUGUGGUAUGUGACCAUAGUAAUGGAUACAUUAUUUAAUUGAUGAGGAAAGUUCAUAGUAUUUUAUUGUAGUACUUUGUGGGUACAUUUUCAGUGUGAGAAGGAUAUAUAUAUAUAUAGUACAUGAAACUGGUUUGAAAUUUAUAACAUGGCUAAAAUUGACAUUCUUGUGCCAAUUUUCAGGAAGAUUCUCAUGUUGUAAAAAAGACCAACAAAAAAAGUCAAAAUUACUGAUUUUUGAUUUCAUUGAUUGAUGUGCCCAAACAUGGGCCACACGAGUUUCUAUGCCUCUGAAAAUUCAGUGUUUUUUUUUUUCUUUUUUAUAUUUGCUGUCAGGGUUUAAUUUCUCUGUCCUAGAUACCUACUGAGGCUAAGAUUGAAUGUUGUGUAAAGAACAAAAUUGAAUGCAAUACUAUGGCUAUUGAUUCUAUUUCCAAAGACUUUUCAUCAUGUUUGAAUUGGUUAUUUGAAAAAAAAGAAGAAAAGUUUGAUUGUAACCUGUGUUCAGUUCUGGCAAAUCUGAUUUGACUCAGCAGAAGUGGAUGAUAAUAUUAGAAGAUGGAUUCUGUCUGUAUAUAUGAGAUGUACAUUUCUAGUGUGUGCAUAAAAGUCAAAAGAUUUAGUUAUAAAAAUGUAUGGUUUUUGGAUUAUCAAAGGGCUGGUGUGUCUUUUUCUACUAUUUUGGUACUGUGUUACAAUCAGUUGUCUACUUUUGAUUUGUACUGUCUUGGAUUUAUUUUGUACUUUUUGUUAUGGAGUUGCAUUAGAUUGGAUCUUCCUUAUUAGGGCAUGAAUCGUGGGCAUUUAUUUCACAAUUUGAAUCCGUCAUUGUGAAGUAUGAUCGGGCACUUGGAUCAAUAUUUGUUCUGUCUUGGGUAAACAUAAUGCAGCACAUGUCUACUGUAAAGUUUCAAGAAAGUUGAAUUUAAACUAUUCGGAGGGGAAAGAUUUGUCUCUGCAGGUUUUACUUCUCAGCUUUUCUUUUGCUUCUCGUUUGUCUCAAUGCUUUGUAUGAAACCAAGGAUCUGACACAAGAAGGGAAUUUGACUGAUUUAGUGUAUUUGGCGCCUCCUGUUAGCGAAUUCAGAAUUUGAGCAACAUCUGACAAUCUUUUUACUUUUCUGUCUGAUCAUUAAAUGUGCAUAUUUUACUUAUGUCUAGAACUUUUUAAAAAGAUUUUGCAUCCAUGUAAAAUUAAAAUGUAAUUGGCAAAAGAAUGUGUAUUGCUGCUCGAUAUCAGCGGUCUGUUGUAGAGGUGAUUAUAUUGCUGCUAGGGGCAAAACGAUUCAGUCUCACCUGUGUCGUAGCUGUGUACCUUGAUACAGAAAAUUCAUCCAUUUCAUGACGUGCAGAGUGUAAAUACUACAAUUGCUUUUCUUCUGCGCUACAGUUUUGCCUUUUAUUCUGACACUGCUAUGUCAAAGCAAUGGAUUUUAUGCUGAAACCUCUAUGCUCUUAUACAGGUACAACAUAUGCCGACUGACAGUUAGCACUGGCCUCUUGUUCACAUCAUGUAUUUUAAGCAAACCAUCGAAUGGCAUUUAGAUUGAGUCAGCCACUGAGUACAUGAACCCUCAUGUGGAUGUUGUUUCCUCAGGGAAAUGUGUCUAUUUGUAAUCAAUAGAGAAAAUAAUAAAAGUUGAUACCCAAACUGAAUGAAAAUAUACUGUUGGUAAAACAUUUUAUUACAGUCCAUCUGUAUGUCAGCUCCUUCAGGUGUGCUUUUUAUUUGCAGGUCCCACACCUCAGCAAGAGGCUCAUCUGGGGUAUAUGCAUUGUUUUUAUUGGCAGAGAUGUACAUUUUUUGGAAAUUUUUGUACUUUAUAAUUUAUUUUUUAUUUAUUUUCAUUUCUUUUUCCCUGAGGAUUGUAUUUCAGAUUUAUCUUGAUUUCUUUCUUUUCAAUAAAUGUUCUCAAAACACUCA